CAGAGGACUAGGGGAGAAACCCAUUGCUGCUGAGAGCCAACUGGCUGGAGCUGCUGCUUCUGGGAUCACUCAGAGUACUCUUGUCUCAGCUGACUCCUACAGCACCAGAAAAGGUAACACAUCACAAUGAAGGUGGAAGUUCUCUAUUUAUGCCUUAUCAGCAUCGCUGCUGCACGGCCAGUGAAUAAAUCCAAGCAACAUGCUGUUUCUGCCAGCUCUGAAGAAAAAUACGACCCCAGGGGCCAUCACUCUCACAGAUACCAGCACCACAUGAAUUCUCAGUCUUGGGAGACUCUGGAAUCACCUCAGCAGACUCUUUACUCUUCAGAAGAAAGCACAGACAUCCUGGGACAGCCGCACUUUCCUGAUGUGUCAAGCAAAAGCCAUGAAGAUGUGAAGGAUGACGAUGGUGGCAACAAUGAUUCCAAUGACACAGACGAGUCUGAUGAGGCUGUCACAAGUCUUCCCACAGACAUUGCAGUAACUGUGCCCUUCCCUCCAUUCCCUUUCACCCGGGGAGACAACGCCGGCAGAGGAGACAGCGUGGCCUACAGAGUGAGAGCAAAAGCCACAGCACUGCAGUCUAGCAAACUCCACAAAGCUGCAAAAAAGCUCAUUGUGUAUGAUGCUACUGAGGAGGAUGAGAGUGCCCUGAAUGCAGUCAGCCACCAAGCAGAGUUCUCUCAGGAAGGUCCUUAUGUCCUGGGGAAGCACACCGUCAGUGAGGAAUGGGCUGGCAAGAGUGACAGACAGGACAGCAGCCAGCAAGACAGCAAGCAGCAUGACCAGAGCAUGGAAAACAACAGUCUUCAGAAAUCCGAUAGCCAUGAGACAAAAGGGGAUGAUAGCAAGGCUGAUGUCAGAGCGGAUAGCCACCAGAGCAUGGAAAGCAAGGAGAGCCAGGUCCAGGUUCCAGCCGAGGUCCCUGACGAUAACAGCAAUCAAACGCUGGAGAGUGCUGAGGAUGCUCAAGACCACCACAGCAUCGAAAAUAACGAAGUCACCAUUUAAAGGGAGACAUACAUAACGUUUCCCUUCUUUCUCAGUUCCUAAGGGAAACGGGAGUAGCUGCAUUUCGGGUAACUUUGUAAACGUAGAGUGUGCGUGGUGACUUUCUGGGUUUGGGGUAACUUCUUCACCGGCAGUGCCACCGCUCUGGGGGCACAGUGAGCAUUACCUCUCAGGCAUGCUGCUCUCUGUACUGCCAGCCUGUAUUUUGGUGCAACUGGAUUGAAAUAAAAACACAAAACCCU